GGUCUCAGGAAGCAGCGGUUCGCGUUUUGCAUUUUAUGCGGAGAUAGACAGUAGAAGGGCUGAAUUUUGAGCUUGGAGGAUGCGAGUGAAGACAGCAAAAUAUUCGUAAAAUAUUUUAGAUUAGUUUGCUGUCACCCUCAGAGGAUUUUUAGUUUUGAAGCAUAUGUGUAUUUUGACGAUGUUUGCCGUGCGGUAUCAUAGGGUAAGCUAUAUUAACUGUAGCCUCUAGCCUUCAAAUGCCUAAAUAUUAGGCACAAAAAUACCGAAAAAAAUAUAUAUAUUUAUUUCAGUUGUGUGGUGGGCUGGCGCCAAGCCAAUAAUUGACUCUGGAGCAGGACACGGAGGAUAGUAUGGCCAUGACGGGAGGGACUGCAGCUGCCCUUCCCAUGAGCAACCACACCCGAGAGAGGGUGACUGUGGCCAAGCUGACGCUGGAGAACUUCUACAGCACUCUGCUCACCCAGCAUGAAGAGCGGGAGAUGAGGCAGAAAAAGCUGGAGAAGGCCAUGGAAGAAGAGGGUUUGCCAGAUGAGGAGAAGGUAAUGCGUCGCUCCCAGCACGCACGUAAAGAGACGGAGUUCUUGCGACUAAAGAGGACAAGACUUGGCUUGGAUGACUUUGAAUCCCUUAAAGUCAUCGGGCGAGGUGCUUUUGGAGAGGUCCGUUUGGUGCAGAAAAAAGAUACGGGGCACAUUUAUGCCAUGAAGAUAUUGAGAAAAGCCGACAUGCUGGAGAAGGAACAGGUUGCUCACAUUCGAGCUGAGAGGGAUAUUCUGGUAGAGGCAGACGGUGCAUGGGUGGUCAAAAUGUUUUACAGCUUCCAGGACAAGAGGAAUCUCUACCUCAUUAUGGAGUUCCUGCCUGGAGGUGACAUGAUGACUCUGCUGAUGAAGAAAGACACGCUGUCUGAAGAGGCCACUCAGUUCUACAUCGCAGAGACGGUUCUGGCCAUCGACUCCAUUCACCAGCUGGGCUUCAUCCACAGAGACAUCAAACCAGACAACCUGCUGCUGGACUCCAGGGGGCACGUGAAGCUGUCAGAUUUCGGCCUGUGUACGGGACUGAAGAAAGCCCAUCGCACAGAGUUUUAUAGGAACCUGACGCACAAUCCGCCCAGUGACUUCUCCUUUCAAAAUAUGAAUUCCAAAAGGAAAGCAGAAACAUGGAAGAAGAAUCGGAGGCAGUUGGCUUAUUCCACUGUGGGAACUCCGGACUACAUUGCUCCCGAAGUCUUCAUGCAAACGGGAUACAACAAGCUGUGUGACUGGUGGUCUCUGGGGGUCAUCAUGUAUGAAAUGCUCAUCGGCUACCCGCCUUUCUGCUCAGAGACACCGCAGGAGACAUACAGGAAGGUGAUGAACUGGAAGGAAACCCUCGUCUUCCCACCUGAAGUCCCAAUUUCGGAGAGGGCCAAAGACCUCAUACUUAGGUAUUGCACUGACGCUGAGAACAGGAUUGGAGCUGUGAGUGUGGAGGAGAUUAAAAGUCACUCGUUCUUUGAGUCGGUGGACUGGGAACACAUCAGAGAACGUCCAGCAGCCAUCUCCAUCGAAAUCAAGAGUAUUGAUGACACAUCCAACUUCGAUGACUUUCCUGAAUCAGACAUCCUUCAGCCAGCCAAUGCAACAGAACCAGACUUUAAGUCCAAGGACUGGGUGUUCCUGAACUACACAUACAAGCGCUUCGAGGGGCUGACACAGCGAGGCACUAUCCCCACGUACAUGAAGGCAGGAAAGGCCUGACGUGCUAAAGGAGGCGUGAGACCUUCACGGACACAGUGUUGGGCCACAGAGCCCCGCUGGUGCUGACCUUUAACCCUCAUCACAAGUUAGCUCUGCUCAGCCAACGCAAGAUCGCCAAGAGUUUGCAAAUUAGGGAGAGUUACAGCAUUACCUCGGGUGUUUAUAUCGUAAUGUGGCGUCUUUAGCAUUAGCUCUCAGGCCUGAUGACUAACACAGACACCAGAUCAGCAUAUCUGCAUGUUCAGCAGCAUAUUGCUCAUGGAGAGGACUUUUGCUGCCUAAAGGAUUUGGUUUGAACGAAGCUUGAUCACAAAUGUCCACUUCAGUAUCUUCACUUCGAUAGAUUCAACACUGGUGGGAAAAAUGGCAUUUCCAAAACUGAAGUCUUGUUACAAACACUGUACACUCUGUGUCCGGACACUUUGUGUGAGAGAAUCGCAAUUUACUCAUGUUUUUCAUGCAUUUAAAAAGCUUCUUCCAGAAUAAUACCCAGAGUUUUUGCUCACUUUUUUCAUUCCCACAGCAGGUGGUUUUUGCCAUUUCUUUUUGCAGUUUACAACAAAUUUCAGAGUAGAUAUUUAUAAAAUUCUUAUAUUUAUAUCAUGCAGAAGGUUAGCAGAUCCCAGUGGAAUCUGAAAUUGCACUGUGACAUUGGGUUCAAGAUCCAUCAUAGAUAUUCUUGAGUGAAUUUUCACCAAGUGACUGGAGACACUUUGCAUAAAAUGCAUUUAAAUGCAAUGUGAUUUAAAAUUCAUUAAUUCUGCAGUUGACUUCUGUUCUUUAUAUUCAUGAAAGUCAAAACUGACUCCUGCCUGAUUUCUAAAAUAAAGACUACAUACCUCAGCCAAAAACCUAAAAAAAAAAAAAAAAAAUCUUUGCUGCAGUGAGGAAAAAAAGACUAAAAUUCUCAAUGCAGAUCCACUUUAAAAUGUUAUGGCACUGCAAGCCAGACCCAAUGUAAAAUUAAGUUCAAAGGAUUUUUUUUCCAUUUGCAUUUAGUUUAUAUUUGUACAAUACACCCCCCCCCCC